CGUCUUCGUUACAACAGAAACAUAUUUCUCCGUUCCCAUACCAGUGUGUCGUUCUUCCUCUGUGUCUCUAUACCAUGUCUUCUGCUGAAAGUAAAGACCUGGGCCGAGUGCUUUGCAUUAUCACCGGGGCGUCCAGAGGCUUUGGUCGAACUGUAGCGAGGGAGAUGUCUCGGAUGGCAAAGCCGGGCUCUGUGCUCGUUCUGGUGGCCCGCUCCGGUGACGACCUCCGGGUUUUGCAGGUGGAGCUGGCCGAGUCGGAGGCAGGCAGAGCGGACUUGAAGGUGCAUAGUGUGGUGGCAGAUGUGGGUCAACCCGAGGGACUGGAUAGCGCUGUCAGAGCAUCUCAAGAGUUUUUUUCUGAAGAGAUAGAUCACAUCAUACUGGUCAACAACGCCGCCUCUCUAGGUGAUGUUUCCCGCUACACUACGAGCUUCACUAACAUGGCUGAGGUGAACUCUUACUUGUCUCUGAACGUCAGCUCCUGCCUGUGUCUCACUGCCAAGGUGCUGCAGGCUUUUCCACAGCAGCCAGGUGUACGGCGCACCAUUGUUAACAUCACCUCGCUGUGCGCCUUGCAGCCUUUUUGCUCUUGGGUGCUGUACUGCACUGGCAAAGCUGCCCGAGAGAUGAUGUUCAGGGUGCUGGCCAAAGAGGAGCCAGAUCUGCGGGUGCUCAAUUACUCUCCAGGACCUCUGGACACAUCUAUGCAGAUGGAAGCCAGAACCAGAACGGCUGAUUCCAGCAUCAGGAAGUCUUUUUCAGACAUGUACGCUCAGGGCCAGCUUCUUACCUGUGAGGCCUCUUGUGCCAAAUUGAUGAAGCUGCUGCUGGAAGAUAACUACACAUCAGGGGCUCAUAUAGAUGUCUAUGAUGUGUAGAGGCUGCAGGAGAACUUCCAGCCAUUUAUAGCAUAUUGUUCCUAGCUUUUAAUUGAACCCAAACACAUUUAUAUAUUUUAAGAGUUUUAAUAAAGGAUUAUCUUAUAAACUAUUUAUUUAAUUAUGUGAGGUUAUUGUACAUGAUGUUGAGAUAAUAUGUGUAAUGUUUAAGUACGCAUUUAAAUGUGUUUCAUCUCCAUCGCAAUCUCAGAAGACCAUGGAUUUCUUGUGCCCGGGAGUUCGAUUUUGGUGCAGUGUCUUCCUUGGCUGUGGAUUCCAAUCUUAUAGUGGCAGACUCAGCUGCAGAUGUCACAUAUAUAGGCCGGAUCCGUUGUUGUUGAGGGCAUGGUAGUGACUUGUUGCUGCUUCCCCAACUUCCUUUUUGUUUCUUGUUGUUUAGCCAAGGUGGUGCAGAAGCCAUGCUCCCAUUGAUGAUGAUCUUGAGCUGCAUCUUCCCAGGUGGUUGGAUUGAUGAAGGAUUUGAGAUCUUGCCGCAGACAUCCUUAUAGCAAAGCUAAGGACUGUCGAUUGACCUUUUACCAGAUGACAGUUCUGCAUAUGGGAGGAUUCGACCAUCUGCCAGACAUGGCCCAGCCAGUGGAGAAGUUGCUGCCUCAGGAGAGAAAACAUGGUGGGGAGCUAAGCUGUCUCCAGGACUGCUGAGUUUGUGAUCUUGUCCCACCAGGUGAUGCCCAGUACAUGUCGCAGGCUUCACAGAUAGACGAUGGAGCCUCCGUUCUUGGUGUGACUAUGGGGUCCAAACUUCACUGCCAUACAGGAGUGUACAAAUGACACAGGCUCUGUACACCUGAAUCUUUGUGUGGAUAGUGAGGUUGUUGUCCCAGACUCUAGGUGUAAGCCUCCCAAAAGUAAAGACUGCUUUUCCAAUCCGGCUGCUGCCUUCAAAGUGACAGGUUGUUGGUGAUGGUAGACCCAAAGUAGGUGAAACUGCUUUCAGCUUGCAGUGUGUAGUUGUUGAUGGUGAUAGAAACAGGAUAGAAAACCAUUGUCUUGGUUUUGUUCAAGCUGCUGGUCAGGUACUGGCAUGCUUGAGUGAACCGGUUGAUGAGGGGGUCUGCAGGUGCUCCUGGGAGUGUGAGGCCACUGCUGCACACUCCCAGGAGCAAACAGCAACUCCUUUAUGAUGCGUGGUCUGACCUUUGUCCUAGCUUUCAGUCGGGAGAGGUUGAAUAGUUUGCCAUCUGUCCAUGUGUGCAGUGACUCCUACAGUGGAUGUUCCAAAAGCUUUUUGCAGGAGGAGGAGAAGAAAAUCCCAAGCAAGGUGGGCGCCAACACAUGUCUGCUUAACACCACAGCAGAUGAAAGGGUCUGAAAUGGACCCAUCGAACUGCAUGGUGCCAUACACAUUGGUAUGAAAAGACUGGAGGAUGCAGAGAUGUUUUGGAGGGCAACCUAACUUUCCAGUUGGAAUAGGCCACUCCUGCUCAUAGAGUCAAAUGCUUUGGUAAGAUCGAUGAAGGCCAUGAGUGGUUCACUACUCUCUGCACUUCUCCUGCAGUUGCCACAGAGAGAAGAUCAUGUCCAGAGUAGAUACUCCGGCUCAGAACCAUGCCUGUUACUCUGGGUAAAGCUUUUCUGGAAGGACUUAGAGUCUGUUCAGUGCGACUAGCAAAGAGCUUACCGGUGAUACACAGUAGAGCAAUGCCACGGUAGUUGUUACAAUUACUUCUGUCUCCUGUGUUCUUAUAUAUGGUGCUGAUAUUUGCUUCUCUCAUGUCCUGUGGGACAGCACCUUCCUUUCAGCACAGGCAGAGGAGCUUGUGGGUGCGGAAGAGUAGGUUUCCCACGCUUGAGCACUUCGGCAGUUACCCCAUCGCUGCCUGGUGCUUUUCUGCUGGUCAAGGUGUUAAUCGCUUUGCUUAGGUUCAGAAAUGGUGAGGUUGGGCCUAGAGGGAUCGAACUCAUUAUUUGAGCACAUACUACAGAUAUUGGAUUGGAUUGACAGCUAUAUUCCUCACGCUGCCAGAUAGUAUGAUAAAGAGAUUAUCCGUGAUCUUCACUUCCUUUGACAUUGGUUAUAAUGCUAUCUUGGUGUAGGAUCUUCAGUCAAAAAUUCUGUGGUCAGUGGACCAUGCUUGUCAAAUUUUGCCGCACUGAGGCAGCAGACUGUGUCAGUUGCACACACAAUUUAGAAAAGAAGUUAAAACAAAAAGUAAAUCUUACAUAUGUAUGUAAAAUUUCUCUGCUAUAUUCCAGAUCAUGAAUAAAUAAAGGAUUGUCUUAAAAACUAA